AUGCUCAGUGCAUCUUCGGCCAACAACCACUCUCUGUUUUCAUUCGGCCGGAAUGGCGCCGCGAAUGAAGUAGGAGAGUCGACUAAUUCUUUCGACUUUCUGCCCUCGGUCAGCUUCGACGACCUCCAAAGCAGCCUUGAGUCCGCAUCCCACGAUUUCAAAUUGACCCAGUUCCCGUCCCCGACCGGUCAAGGCAGCAUUCUAGAGACUCAGGGCAUGACCGACAAAAUGGGCGGGGGUUCCAAUACGACCCAGAACGGCGGAGCCGCGCGUGCUGGUGGUAUUCCUCAGACCGCGACCCGCCCUGGUAGAUCUGGUUCUAUUCUGAGGAGACCUAGUACCUCCAACAGACAGGCCAGCAUUUCAUCCAUCGCCUCAGGACCAUCGUCCGGCACUGAUUCUGCGACUGGGUCUUCAGCCGCGAGACCCCGACGUCAGAGUCAUUAUCCUCCAGUAUCAAACACCAACAUCACCAACAUUGCGAAGCCUCCCAGGAAAUCCAUCGGUCCGGGUCCCAUUGAGACGGACUUCGGCAGUCGCACCGCGCAAAGGAGUAGGAGACCGAGCAUCAUAGGCAACGCUGGUGGUGGACCCGAUUCCACUCGGACCUCGAUCGAUGGCAGCUCCGGCGCUGGUUUUGAGACUCCGCGAAACCUCACGAACAGAGCGACCAAAGCUAAAUCGAUGCACCAAGCACUACCCCGGACAAGCACCACAAAUCUCUCGACCCCCGACAGCAGUCGUCUGUCCACGAUAUCUCCUCGAUCACCUCGAGGUGGAAGUAAGGGAAAUACUGGCGGCGCUGGCGGUUCUGCCCAUUCGCAGUCGAGAAGACAGUCAGUCAUGCCUGGAGGAGGGUCUCACGCAUCGCAUGCAAGCGGUCUCGGUGCCAGGACCAUCAGUCCGACCGACACGCGACGAAUGAAGCGCAUGUCCAUGCACCACGUCCCGAGUCUCACCCAGCUGGCCAACGCGCCGCCUCCCCCGCCGCUCGAGCACCGAGAACACUCCAGAUCCCCAUCGAUGAUACCCCGAAAGGCAUCUGCCACGCCAUCAUCAUCUCGAACGACUCCCGACAUGCACAGAAAAUCGUACAGUUCGGGCUUGUCCAUCACCUCGACCAACAGCUUUAAUACCAUCAGAACCUCCACCGGCUCAUCAAUCCAGCCACGGGCACCUGCCGCGGGAAGUGCGUCGCGUCUGCCAGCCCCCAAGCAAUUUACCCCACAUAACCACAACUCCCAUUCCGCUGAUGACGAGGAGGACGUUCCGCCCGUGCCUGCUAUUCCGAAAGCGUACGAAUCACCACAGCAGUCAGCCACAGAAGGAUCGUUUUUGGACAAGCGGAAAGCCAAUCUUGCUGCGGAUGCUAGCAGCAUCAAUAGUAACUCCACUGGCAGUUUCUCCAUCCCAUCGCUCCCUGAACCCGCUGUCAAGCUGGUACGAAAGCCCAGCACCCGGAAGUCGACGAAUGCAGCAGCCCUGGACGCCGAAAAGAAAGGCAACCCGUCUCAAUCGAGAAAGAACCCUCCUCCUCCUGUGCGGCUGCCCCCAAUUACUGUUGGGCCGCUGAACCCAUCCACGACCGCCAAGAUCGCAGCGUUGGGUCAAAAUGGUCCCGACAGGAACUUAAGCCCGCCACCGUCGCGUAUUACCGCGAAGACGCCCACCACCCCCAUGACCGCGUCUAAGAGCUCCUUCUUCUCCAGGAACCGACAAGACGAUAAGUCGGACUUUAGCCUGCGAAGCAGCAGUACUGUCCACCACGCACGUCUCGACAGUGCAUCUGGCGCUGAUGGUACAAGCUCAUCCGAGUCAUUCGAGGCCUUGUCCAGAAAGCCAACCAACAAGCCCAGCGUGUCCCCGUUCUUGUCUUCUUCAGUACCCAAGGGAGGCCCCGAUCCUGCUUUCCUGAAGAGGUCCAAGACCGGCGGCGACUUGAGCAACAUCACUGGGCCUCUUGACGUGAAGCCCAUUCAAAAGCCAUCUGGCCCGCGUGCUCCCCGCCCCUCCAAGGCAAUCUCGCCAACUCCGCCAGCGUCCGAUCCAGAGGAGCCCCCUACGCCAUCAUCAAUGAGCUCGCUGCGUAGAAAGCUGAGCUUGUCGUGGAAGCGUGGAAAGAACGACUCAAAAUCUGCACAGGACAAGACCUUGGAGCGCAGCCUUAGUAAGGAACAGAUGCCUCCGCCACGCUUGCCCAUCUCCGCCACGGUCUCGAACCUCAGUUCGGCAAAGAACAGCCCAAGCCCGUCUGUCAAGGUUAACACAUCUUACUUGGAUUCAAGAAGGAGGAAGAGCUCAGCGGCAAGCUUGGGCCACGAUAGGACUAAGAGUGAGAAUUGGACCUCGGCUUCCGUUCCUAAGGCUCACCCCGAAUCAUCUCACCCUCAUAACCCUUCUGUCAUGCAAAAGAUUCUUCGCCCGAAGGCGUCAGCGACGGCGAUUCGCCACCAGGACCCGUGGACCGCAGAUCUCGACAAGGACGAUCUCGUUGCCGAGGAGGAGAUGAAGAAGAUGGGCGCAAGAAGAAAGGAGACCGAGAUCGCGGCUCGAACUCUUGACGCCCUGAGGAAACGCGCAACGCCAAAGGAGCGAGUCGGUGCCCAGGAAGCCAUCCGGAUCGCGAUGCUCAACAUUUACGAGCGCGGCGAAAUCGUUGAUUACAACGACAUUUACUUUUGCGGAACGCAGAACGCUCGCAAGGUGGUUGGUGAUCUCCAGUCGGACGCGCCCAACUUCGGCUACGACGACGAGCGUGGAGACUACACCAUCGUGCCUGGCGACCACCUCGCCUACCGCUAUGAGAUUAUCGAUGUGCUUGGAAAGGGAAGUUUUGGCCAGGUCGUCCGGUGCAUUGAUCACAAGACAGGCGUGCUUGUUGCCGUCAAGAUCAUUCGCAACAAGAAGAGAUUCCACCAGCAAGCUCUUGUCGAAGUCAACAUCCUGCAAAAGCUUCGCGAAUGGGAUCCUAAGAACAGGCACAGCAUGGUCAACUUCACCCACAGCUUCUACUUCAGAGGACAUCUCUGCAUAUCUACCGAGCUUCUGGAUAUGAACCUUUACGAGUUCAUUAAGGCGAAUGCGUUCCGCGGAUUUUCUUUGAAGCUCAUUCGCAGGUUCACCAAGCAGAUGCUCAGCUCACUGAACCUUCUCAAGCAGCACAAGGUCAUUCACUGCGAUCUCAAGCCAGAAAACAUUCUGUUGCGUCAUCCCCUGCACUCAGAGAUCAAGGUCAUCGAUUUUGGUUCCAGCUGUUUCGAGAACGAGAAGGUGUACACCUACAUUCAGUCGCGUUUCUACCGAUCCCCCGAGGUCAUCUUGGGAAUGACAUAUGGCAUGCCCAUCGACAUGUGGAGUUUGGGAUGUAUCCUGGCCGAGCUGUACACCGGAGUGCCCAUUUUCCCUGGUGAGAAUGAGCAGGAACAGCUCGCUUGUAUCAUGGAGGUGUUUGGUCCGCCAGAGAAGCACCUGAUUGAGAAGAGCACGCGCAAGAAGCUGUUUUUCGAUUCCAUGGGCAAGCCACGUCUCACGGUGUCCUCCAAGGGACGAAGACGUCGUCCUUCUUCCAAGACCCUCCAGCAGGUUCUUAAGUGUGACGACGAGGCAUUCCUCGACUUCCUCGCAAGAUGUCUACGAUGGGAUCCGGACAGACGUCUGAAGCCGGAGGAGGCCAUUCACCACGAGUUCAUCAGUGGCAAGAAGAUGAGCGCCCCUCUCCCGCGCAUCCCCACGACCCGCGAGGCGUCUCCGGCGAAGCGUCACACUACGGCUGCGGCACCGCGCCCACUCCCCGAACCCCCCGCCGCAGGUUUCAAGAGCAACCCUGGAUCGAGACACGUUAGCGGGGCAAGCCCUCACAAGCCCGUCUCGGGGCCGCCGACCUCGCGCAGACCCUCGGUCGCAACCGCCGGAACCGUCCAUGUUGCCACGGCCAAGCGCACCAGCACGGGGACAGGCGGUAUCACCGUCGGAACCAGCAACCUCCCUCGCGCGGCGAUGAGGAGUGUGAGCGCCAAACAGGACCUUGCAUCUGCCGGAGCGACCGCGGCCAUGAGUCGGCGACAAGUGUAG